CGUGAAAUUUGUAAACAAACACUCACGAGUUACGCCCUGUGACUGUGUGUCUUAAGAUUGCAUAAUACUAACGUUAGGCUACGUGGCUAUUUUGCGAAUAAAUACGCAGUAGCAGCAGAAAUGUGUUCAUUACAAAGUUUUAAACUUACGAGUACGUUCGCUAAAUUAUCAACAACCUAUUCAGCAUUGUUAAGAAUCGUGCGAAAAUGAGACAAUUGCCCAAACCAUCUGGACCGUUUCAAGUUGGCAGUUUUGACAUAACAACAAAAUAUGGUGAAGACCGUUGCUUAUUUCGUAUGUAUUACCCGACUAAACAAUUCGAUUCGGCCUUUACUGAAGGCCCGUUAUGGUUUCCCUGCCACGAAUAUGCUGCAGGCUUUACGAACGUUAUGAAAAUACCUUCGUUGUCUCGACUUUUUGGAUGGUUCUUUUCCGGGUUACGGAUACCUGUGGCCUGGAAUGGCGAUCUGCAGAUGCCAAAAAGUGUUGACAAGCUGCCAGUAGUUUUGCUUUCCCAUGGCCUGGCCUGCAACAAAACUACUUGCAGUAAUGUAUGCACUGAUCUAGCCUCGUAUGGAACACUGGUUGCUUCCAUUGAGCAUUCAGAUAAAUCGGCUUCUGCAACUUAUUAUUUCGAAGAAAAGGAAAACGAAGUGGGUGAGAAAAUAGUGGAAAAGAAAUGGCUUCAAUACCAUAGGGUAAGUGGAGGGGAGCCUGCUGAGCAAGAACAUCGAAACAAACAAGUUCGCCACCGAGCGGCAGAAUGUUGCAAAAUUCUCGACACUCUGCAACUUUUGAACGAAGGCAAUUUGAAAACUGUUGAAGGAAAUGAGAACCUUUAUCAGUUCAAAAAUGCCCUCGACCUCGAAAAAUGUGCAGUUCUGGGACAUUCUUUUGGAGGGGGAACGGCAGUUGCUACAUUAUCAAUGGAUGAACGAUUCAAAGUCGGGAUUGGGUUAGACUCCUGGAUGUAUCCUCUUGAUCAGAAGAUCUACACCAACAUCAAAUCUGUUCCUUUUCUGUUCAUCAACAGCGAGAAUUACCAAUGGGCUGAAAGUGUUGAAGACAUGAGAAAAUUGGAUUCGGACACCUUUGACAUAGAAGCGGAGAGAAAAAUUAUCACGUUGGCUGGAACCUCUCAUUUGUCUCAGACUGACUUUGCUCUUUUUGUAAAGUCUCGUUUUAUUGCAAAGCUUAUUCAUUUCACAGGAACAGCAGAACCUCUUGGAGUCGCGAAACUAAACAACGAGAUAGUCCGCGCUUUUAUCGGAAAACAUCUCGGACUUGAGUUCGGAAGAGACUUGGAGAGCUUGAUCCAAGAAAAUGAGGAUGGCAUUAUCAGAGGAUCAAAUCUUAAACUGGAUGAAAGCAAGAUUGAGGAAUCAAAAGAAGCGUUGAGAGAAUUGAAACGAAAUGAACUCUAAAAAAAGAAAUAAAACAUUCGUCCAAGAAGCAAAAAAAAGCUUUAUUAUAAUUAAGAAUUCUCCAUUGAUGCAUCCGAGAACACUCUUCAGCAUGAAUAUAUAGUUUUACAAAUCCUUGCACUAUUUUUCUCUUCUUCACUAAAACUUCAUUAUCACAAUCAGCUAUUGCACUAAGAAUGUUUUACACAGCAUAUUUUUAAAUUCUUUAAUAUAUGCAUUAAGAUACGAUGCCAUUUGGUUGCCCUAUGUAAUGAACCUUAUAUUGCCGGUGUUUUCAGGUUUUAUUUUGUAACGUUACCUCGCAUUAACAAUAUACCUUGCUUUUACAAAAUGCUAACACCUUUAUAAUUAUGUAACCGUGUAUCUCCUGUAUUACAUCAUAAUGUUGUAUGUAACACAACAUACCUCAUUGUGAUGUCAUGCUUUUUUGUUAUUUUGCACUGCUAACAUUAUGCUCUGCGAGUUACCUACAAUGUUGUUUUUACUAACAAACUUGUUUCAUGUAUACAG